AGUAGUCUGGGACUUCUGCUCUGGAGAGGAGGUGCUGCAGAUUCGGCUGAAAGUAUUUAGCAGUGUUCGCAGCAUAUGAAGACGUUAAUCUUGCUGCAUCUCAAAUGCAGAACAGUUUGCAGAGUCAGACUAGUAACUUUUAAGGGCUGAAGCAGACACAAACGCAGAACAAAGAAACCUGGAAUUAAGCAAGUUUGCCUUUUCAUGCUGUUUGCUGUUUUUCAGAAGAGUAGUGAUAACUUUUAAAUGGGAAUCACGGAGCUUGUUGUGACUUUGCACAUGGAGUUGUGCUUUUUGCCACUGAAACAGCUGAUGCUGAAAAAAAAAAGCUGAAAUGUGUAUUGCUUUUCCUGUGCUGCUUUUUAUAAACUAUAGUGAACAACCAGCAAAUGCAGUUUCAGCUGACCUGAAAAGACAAGGCCUUGGAUGUGAUAUCUAUUUCCACAACUCUACCAGCUUCCUGCCACACUUCAUCUUCCUCUUUUUCAAUGGCAGCUGAUUCACUGGUAGCUGCCAUCUGUGGUUAGAGUCGCACUAUUCAAGUUUACCACUUGUGCAUUUAUAGUUUAGUGGGGAAUAAUCGAGACACAGCAGCAGUCCCUGCACAAGCCCUGUGUGGGUGCAUUUUGAGGAAUUUACUGAACAUCAGAACUCUGCAACACGGCUGAGAUGCAGUGAACUAUAUGUGGGGCUUGUCUGUGUCUGUGUGUGCAGGUUCCUUCUCUGUUCCAGAGCCUCGAUUAUGAACAGUGAGCAGGUGAAUGCCACAAAAGACACACAGCCCAGAGACGUGUUGCGAAAAAAAGCUGAACUGGAAUUUGUUCAGAUAAUAAUUAUAAUUGUGGUGAUAACUGUAAUGGUCGUGGUGAUAAUCUGCCUCUUAAACCAUUAUAAACACUCUACUAGAUCCUUUAUAAACCGUCAAAGUCAAGGCCGAAGGCAGGAAGACACCUUACAGCCGAUAAUGUAUGCUCCAGGUUCCAGGGACAGAGUCUCAGCUCCAUCGUUCAUGCAGAGGGAUCGCUUUAGUCGUUUCCAGCCCACUUAUCCAUACAUGCAGCAUGAUAUUGAUCUUCCUCCAACCAUCUCGCUUUCAGAUGGAGAGGAGCCACCACCAUACCAGGGGCCAUGCACACUUCAGCUCCGGGAUCCAGAGCAACAGAUGGAACUGAAUCGGGAGUCUGUCAGGGCACCACCAAACAGAACCAUUUUUGACAGUGACUUAAUAAAUAUUUCUAUGUAUAAUGGAGGGCCACACCCACCAAGCAGCAAUUCGGGCAUAAGUGCAACUAACUAUAGCAGUAAUGGAAGGAUGGAAGGACCACCUCCAACAUAUAGUGAGGUCAUGGGACACUACCCAGGAUCCUCUUUUUUCCAUCACCAGCACAGCAAUGCACCUCCUCCCUCACACAGGGGCAACAGACUCCAACUGCAGCAGAACAAUUCAGAGAGCACAACUGUCCACAUCAAAGGCAAAGACAGACAGACAGGAAACUUUGUCUGAGCUCUUUAAAUGUGCACUUGGACUGACAGACAACAGGAGUGCAGUGAACCACUCUUGCGCACAAUAUUAUUACUGCAUUUUACUUGGAACAACUUAAGAGAACCAAACUCAGAAUUAAGUUUUUUGUUAUUAUUUCCUUUAGGGGAGUGCAUGCUAAGUGAAUCUGAAUAAUAGAAAACUUCCACUCGGUUUUGACAGAUAGCAGUGUUCAGAAAUCUCUUUUUAAUAUAAUUAUUUAAUUCUAAAAGGAAACGUAGCACAGAAGUUAUGCUUUUCAAGUCUUUGUUGUAACAGAUGAAGAGCAGAGGGAAGCAGAAAGUGUUAGCAGCUAAAUGGGAAAAUUGGCCAGUCUCCAAGAGAAAAGUUUGUGAAUCAAAAUUCCUGUUUCGAGUGCCAAGGUAUAAGUUAAAGAUUUAAAAAGAAUGCAAGGAUUUUGUUUGUGUAAAGGUAAAUGUGUUUUUAAAAGUUGCACUAUCUUAAUGUUUAAAAAAGAGGGAAGUGCUUUGUGUGUAGUUUCUCUUUGUCGUCCUCUCACCUGUGGAAUGAAUGGUAAUUCCAUGGAGGUAUCUCUGAAGCAAACUAAGUUGGGGGUCAUUUACAUAUCCAGUGCACAUAAAGCAGGAAUUACAUGGACACUUUGUGUUGGUAGUUUUGCAAUAAUUCUUUUACAGAAAACACACCACCAUACCCCAAAAUUGACCUCUGUAUGCACUUGUUGGAUGGAAGAGAGCAGACUUUUAUAACACCAGACUUUAGUAGUUUGAUUUAAGAAUACAAUAACAUGAAUGCAGAAAAUAGAAAUAUUUAAUGGGGCUGUGGCAUGCCAUUCACAGUAACACUAGUAAACAGCUAGUCAUUAUCAUUCGGCUUUUGAAAUUACCUGCAUGGGGAAAAUGGUGUUAUGGUUAUAUUGUACUGUUAAUUGCAGUUAAGACAGGCUUGGCUGUAGCUGGUAUCAAUAAGAACAUUUAGUUCUGUUCUUGGCAUCUGCAGUUUCACAUAUUUCUCUUCAUAAAUGAUAUUAUUCAGUAGACACUGAGAAAUAACUAUCAGAUUAACAUGAUGCAAAUGCAGCCAGGGACACUGUCAUUGUUCUACGGAUUCCAGAGAGAGAAGGAGAGAGUUCUGGACAUACCCAGGGCUAUUCAGUGCAUUCUUAUUGUUCACAUUUUGGCAGCCAAGUACAUUUGUAAGACACAAUGAGCACACUUAUCUGUGGUUCCUGAUGGGCUUAGUGUCAAAUCAUUCUAAAGGAUGUUUGUUGAAGUAGUCUGAUUUGUCUGUGACUGCCUUCUUUGUACUUAACCACAUUUCAUGCAGAACUAUGAAUAUUCUUUUGGCAUAUGUGAAGGACACUUAAAAAUGAUUCUUUCAUUCCUUUUCUUUACUUACCAGAGGUCAUACUGGGCUUCUUUGCUAGGAAACUAGCAUUCCUCAACCUGUUUAAUGGCUUUCCUUGCUUGGUAUCACCUUGAAAGACAUCAUGAUGUUUUCGCAAUGGCUUUUGUUUUCACAAGUUGAUGUAGCAAAGAUUUUCUGUAAAACCUGUGCUAGCUUCAGCAUAAGUAAGUUAAUUUCAGAAAAACUUUCCAAAGUAUAACUUAAUUAUGGCAUAAUGCUUUCUUACAAAACAUUUUGCAGGGUACUUUCUUAACAUUUUUAUUCGAAAAAGGCUAUAUAAACUUAAAUAUAUUUGUUGUGUAUUAUAAAACUAUAUUUUACAUCUGAUUUUCUGCAACCACAUGCCAUUUCGUGUUUAUUUAUUCUGCAAUGCCGGCACUUUGGAAGAAGGGGUAAUGACUUUUCAGCAAGCUAAAACUUGCUUAUUGGCACUAAAUUAUAGGAAAACCUAUUUGUGUAGGUUUUUCUUCAAAGGUUCCCACAAAAAAAGGAAAUAAUAGAAGCAUGGUAUCCCUGUACAAUGUGCUGUAACCAUUGCAUAUCAGGAAUCUGUAAAGCAAAUUAUGAUGCCCCCUCCCCAACAGAAGCUAAGAAUUUAUCCUUAUAAUACACUGCUUUGUUCACAGAUUGUGGUUUUACCCAUCAGUGAGUAUUCUGAACACAUACAAAAGUAAAGCAUAUAAAUUGGAACAGCAGAUGUGCUUGUAAAAUAAUUUUAGCAGUUUUGCUGAGUGCUCCACUCAGAAGUACCAUAUACCAUACAUCCUUUCGACUUGGCUGUUCCUGAGUGGUCGAAAGAUUCCAGCAACAGCAAUUGUAACCAUUUAUGUUGUGAAAUGUCCCCCACCCAUUUUAGUUAUGAUGGUAGUAGUCCUAGCACCAAGUGAAAAAUGACUUCUAGAAUACCAUGCUGCCAGGUGAAUCUAAAGAAGGCACGUUUUCAAGCCAUCUUGACUCUAGUGGUGGUCUUCAACGUAAUUUAUGGGAAAAGCUUUUCUAUGACUGUCUUAUAAGGGGAAACCUCAGCUCAGUACAGUUUAAGGUCCUGUGCUUGGCCCUCUGCCCCUACUUUAUAUAUCAGAUCCUGGCUUUAAGUGAAGAAGAGAGACUGACAGGCAGGCAGACAAACAGUGAAAACAUGUUUGGGUUAGUUUUGCAGGCUUAUGUUCCAAAGUAGCAUUUACAGAUAUAACUUUUCAGACCCCACAACCAACAGUAGGCCAGAGUGCACUGGUUCUUUUAGUUGUGUCAUUUACAAAGUUUGAAAGUUAGUGUGAUGACUCUACUGGAAGUUUCUUCAGAAAGAUUUUAAGAAAUGACAGCAGUCUGUGUAACUGACAGCCUGAACUUAACAAACAUCACAUAUAUAAGGUCACCCUACGAGGUGCAUCUCCAUUCACAUCCAUAUAAAUGUGCAAUGACAGCACUUAGCCUUUUUCAUAACAGAGAUAAGCAACAAGUAGUGUAAAAUAAGAAAUUACAACAGUGGGGCAUGGGUUGAGAAUAUAAGAUAGAUGAAAUAACUCACCUGUUAUUGGAUAGGAAAACAAUAUCCAUCUUUUGGAAUUGCCUGAAAAGACAUUCUGAAUGCGUCAUCACCCACCUUGGAAGAAAAUUCUCCAGCCUUUAAGCCUUUAGUCAGACACUCAUAUAUAAAUUCACUUUCUUCUAGUGAUACAUUUCCUCUCCAAGUGUUUAAGCCACUGUCCAUGUGCAAACAUAGAAGCAACAUAAGUAGUCAUUUUGGACAGGAACGUCAGAGCAGUUUGCCUUACAGAUGCUGCUUGUGAUUCUUAGGGUAACACAGACGUUUUUCUUCCCAUACCCACCCACAGAAGAUUUCCUUCUGCUGGACUCGAGUGACUAAGAAGGUUAUGGAAGUCAGGCUUUAUAAAAGUAGCAUGUCCAGUACGUCUGUCACCUUCAUACCCUAAUCUUUUAAUGGAAGAGAGUGCAGUACAUACCCUGACCUAUUUAGCAGCUGCAUAUAUCCAAGGAUGUUGUAUAUACCUUGAUAACUUCUAGACAGAUUUGUACUUUCAUAUCUUAUACCUCAAUCUAGGGCAUUUGUUUCACUGUAACAUAAUGUUUAACAAUGGAAGGCCUUUGUUCCACAUGCUAAGUGUCUGCGGGGAGGGGGUGAGAUGUAUGGCAUGGGUCUGUGUUUUUUCAGCUACAUUGCUGAACCCUCACAUAAGACCCUAGUAGAAACAAUAUGUUAUCAUGUGCAGUGACAAAAUGCUGUUUAGGAAGGUCUCAUCUUCCACAGAAAUGUUGUCACAGUCUUCCUUCUGGUUAGUAAGGGUCUUCCAUCUUGCACUCCUUAGCCAUUGCACCCUAAUGAAAAGGAGAUUCACAAGAUGAGUCUGAGAUGAACAGUUGAAAGAGAAAUCAAACAGAAGUCCUCAUCUGCAAAUGAGAUGAACGGUUUAUGUUCUCGGAUAACUUUGAACCUUCAAGGAUUCCUGAGGCUAGAUUCCAUGAAGACCAGCAUUGUCAAACCUUAUGUAUUAGAGAAAAAGAGGGCUCAGAAAUUCACCAAGGCUGACUUCAGUAGAACUGUGACCUUGUCCGUGCUGGGAAUUGGACACAGUACCUGUUUUAGUGCUGCUUAACUGCAUGGUCCUCGCGUAACAUAUUUUCAGUGGAUUAGUGACUGGACAGUCUGUAUUCCAUUAAAGCAGAUUUUGCUUGCUGGUUGUAUCAGCAGUUCACAAAUUUUAAACGUGAUAUGUGACAUGUUUCAUGCAUUACAUAUCAGCUCUUUUUAGUAUUUAUUAUUGUGGGUUGUACACCUAUAGCUUUUUGCAUCCUUAUUUUCUACCUGCUUAAAAGUCAUUUCCACCAAUGCUGUGUCACCAGUUACCUGACUGAUGCAGCUUCCUUAUUGUAAAACAGCUUUAUCAUCCAAGUGGAGAUCAAGGAAAGGGGUAAGCUCAACUCUCACUUUUUGAACUCUGUGAUAUCAGAAUCAUCAGGCUUUCCAGUGGAGAAUAUUUGCAACACUAUCAGGGAGCCCUUCUGGAGGCCUUCAUCUAAAUCUCUCUGUUUUUUUCUUUAAAAUCCCUUCCCUGUACAGACACCUUAAAUUAUUCAUGGCAUACCCACAAUGAUGUAGUUAUGCCACGUAAUGUAACAGUGGUAUAUCUACAUUAUUAUGCAUGGCCCCUAAUGAUGAUGUACAGAUGCUGUGAAUGCACAAAUACUGCGCUUUUGUCUCCAUCUUCUGUGAAAGGCAGAGAGGAGCAGCAGAGUUGUUAGCUGCUUAUCCCCCCCCCCAAAAACUGUGACUGGCCUUCCCCAUUCCUGUCUUCAUUUCUGGAUCCACUAAUUUUCCAUCUUCUGCCUCUGUGGUAUUUGUUUCCCUUAUCAUUUAUUCAACAUAUGUUAAAAUACAAUCCUGAUUCCCACUGUUAUUGUGUACAACUUCUAGUAACCCAGUUCUUUGAGUGUCAUAAUGUAGUUUGUUCCUUAUUGGCAGACUUUAGUUUUUUUUACCUUGUUUAGAAGGUUAAGUUAUAUCUCAUAUUUUUCCUUUGUCUUUUGUUAGUAGCAAGAUAUAUUUGUUUCUCAUCCUUGCAACAGUCUUUGUCACUGAUACAAGGUACAACUUAAUUUGGUGACCUUCAUUUUUUCUUUAUGUAAGGCAAAGGCACGAGGGAAUUGUUUAGCUUUUUUUUUUUUCUCUCAUGUUCAAAAUAAUGGCAGUAUGAAUUCAUUUGUCACAGUAAGGUUAUUAAUAAAUGAGAAAAGAUGGUGAAGUAUGUGCUUCUCUACAGAAUUCUCAGGAUGUCAGUAACUGAAAAAUAGGUGGUAACGUUCUUUUGGGAAAAAGAUACUAUGCCCAUUGUCUUCAUUGUUACGGCUUUCCAUUGGCAGUGUUGGCACUAACAACAUGUGAUUAUGUAUAAAUGUCUUCUUUCUUGCGCCUAUGUACAUAUAUGCAGGAGUAUAAAUGCACCUUCCAGCCAACAGGUUGCUUUAUGACAAUGUGGAAAACUUUAAAAGACACACUCACUCAUUCUCUCUGAUUUUCAUUGUUAGGAGUAUAUGCUUUAAUGUCUUCAGCUCCUUAGCACCAGACUUCCUUUGGUUACUAUAUGUGAUAUAGUAUUUUUUCUAUAAGCACACAUGCUGAACAAGCAGAUAUGACAGUGACAGUACAACUUAUAACAGGCUGACAUUGUUCUGAGAGAAGUGUAUUCUUAACAAACUUGCUAUGCUCAAGGUUACCUUUAAUUUUCUUAUUAAUUUAAGGGCUAUUAAGGAUCUAAUUUAAACUUUGCCUGUUUAAUCUUUUCCUUCACACUGUGUUGCCUGCAUAUUGUUUUUUUAUUUAUUUAUUUUUUUUUGUGUUUUAAAUAGUAAUUGGCUUCACCUGUGCUAAACUUGUACAUUUAGACUGCUUUGAUGAGGCAUAUCUCAUGUCACUUUUUGUCAAGCACUUGAGAAAAACAUAUGAUCAAUUUGUGAGCAGCAUAUUUUAAGGAGAUUUUUAUUUCAGUAUUCAAGGUCCUUAUGAACCUGACUGUUAAGUCUUGGGAUUUUAGUGGGCAGAGUCAUAUAUGGCAACUAGGUGAAGAAGCCUCUUUUAACUGCAUAAUUGUACUUAGAUAAUAUUCUGAAUUUAGAAAUCUUGAAGACAUGCCUAAGUAGCAUAAAAUUAGCCAAUGGAUUACAUUGUUUUGAAGUUACAUAUAAUACUUUUGCUUUAAGUAAAAUGCCGUUAAAACAUAUACUUACUGGGCUAGACCGUGAUGUCAGAUUUUACAUGACCAUGACAGGCUUGCCAAAUUAAAUGUGUCUGAUGUUGCAUUCAGAUGCAAAAUGGCUGAUGCGACAAUAAAUUAAAUGUAAGACUGUCACUACACUGUUAACAGUGGCUUCUUCACAUUUUAGACAUAUCAUAAGAAAAGUGUGCAUUACCUCUUACUUCAGAAGUGUAGCUGUUCUUAGUGGGAAACUGUUCCUUUGUGUGACCAAUGCACGACUGGACCUUAUAAAGGAAUCCAGCAUGAAUAGUACUGUACCUGAAAAAUGAAGAUUUAAUUCAGAUACUCAAACCACUUCAUUCAGCUCUUGACACUUGAGGGAAAAGGGAUGGCAUAUCAAACGUUAUGUAAAUUAGACAGUACACAUUUCACUUGUUGAUGCUAAAGCAGGCAGUGUUGUGUAUUGCUUGCUUCAGAACUGAAAACCUCAUGUCUGGCUUUAUUUACACCAUGCAAUAUUUUAUAUUUAAUUCAGAACUAAACAAGCUACAUUAGUCAGUGAGUUGCUAUGACUAUAGCAGUGCUCUCUAUCUGUGUCAUGAACAAUGAAGACAUAACAAAAAAAGAUUUUAAGAAUUAUGAUACUGCCAGAAUUAACUUUGUUUCAUUGUUUGCUAUAUUGCUGCUGCUAUGGCCGUUGCUGCUAUUACUGCUUUAAAUGGUUACGUAUGUUAGCUUUCAGAUCUGAUGCAGAGUGUGUGUGUGUUAGGACUUUUGUGUGUCAGAAGAGGCUUCAUUUCCAAGCUUUCUUUAUCUGUGUAUCUUUCUUAGUGUUUGCUUGUUAAUGUCCACUGUGGUAGAGAAAAAAGUGUAUUUUUUUCUUUUUUAAUCUGGAGGUUUGCAUGUUACUAGUCUGUAAACAACUUAAGGUGCCUCAUGUUCAAGUCUGAGCAGAUAUAGGAACCCCCUUGCACUCAAGCUCCCACCUUUGUUGUGCCUCACUUAAAAAUGGUGCUUCUUCAGUUUGUCUCUUUUUAUGUUUUAUUUGUAAGGUGCUGUAUAUAACUUGAAUAUAUUAUGCACAUAUCCUACCCAAUGGGUAGAACAACAAAAUAUAUUGUUAAUAAUGUAAGAUAAUGUAUAAAUAAUACCAAUUUUAACACAGUGGCAUAGAAUUUGUGAAUGCCUACCAUGUGCUUUAUCCUUUUUUUGUAAACAAAAAUAGCAAAUUAAUGCAUACAAAUGAUAGAUAUCUAUGUAUUUUAUUUUCCUAUAAAUACUUAUUAAUGUUACGCUAAAGGAACAUUUGAAAAAAGUUUUGGCAAUUGCUGACCAGCCUGUAUAGAGGAACUAGUUAUUUGUUGUAUCUUUGCAAUUACCAUUUUCUUACAAAGAAGCUUUAAUACUGCAAUGGAAUACUUGCCAUUUCUGUAUCACCUUGCUGUUACUUGGUAGGACCAGGAAAAGCUGACUGUUCUUUCUUUUUUUUCUACUGCUGGCUGUGUCAAGAAAAGAACAGAUUGCUAACAAUUUUCUAAACAAAAUGUCAAACCCUAACUGUGAACUCAAAGCUUUUAUAUAGAAAGAACACUGAAGGCUAUCAAAAGUGUAAACUGGCACUUGUUUGGUUAAAUGGUACUUUUACAGCCCAUCCUAUUGUUAUAGUAUCACAUUUUUCCAGUAAAUUUUGAUACCCCAUUCAUGAAAUUAUUGUAUUUUAACAACAUAUCUAGCAUUAAAAAUGGGUACAAAUCUGAGAACAUCUACCAGAUUCUACAUACAUAACAUUUCCAUGUUUGGCUUUGCCUGGGAUAUUAAUAGGUCUUGUAGUUCCUUCUUGGGGCUGAACUUUGUGAAGUGACUUGUUGCAGUUUCUGUGAUCAAGGUCUUACCUUAGUUUCAUGCUUUAGCAGGCACACAACUAGGUUUUGUCUCCCUCAAAUCAAUAAGCACAAGUUGGCACAGCGACAGAUGAGUACAGUAGAAAGUGAAACAGUCAUUUAAAAGAAAUACAUUUUCUUGUGUUUCCUCACUUUAAUGUUAUCAUUCAAAGCUAGCAAGAAUAUAUAUGUCAGGACUGCAGCAGUGCUAAAAUGUAGAUGCAGUCAAUACUUGAUGGAAUCAACUUGCAGUGAUACAGUAUGGCCACCAGAUAACAGUGGUGGAAAAAUCAUUUGCCUUUUUGUUUAAAAACAGCAAUGUUUUCCUCCAGUACUAAAAGGUGUAUUUUAUUGGUACAGUCUGUUCCUUUGGUAACUAAUGAUUUAUUUUUGUGCAUUUUUACCUCAAUUCUGGUACCUCUCAGUAACCUGCAGGUAAGGUGUAAACCCAAGCUACUGAUGAUGGAAGCUUUUCUCCUUAACACUCCUUAUUAAAUAUCCCAAUUAAAUUAUCCACCAUCUCUAAAUUAAUGUUCUUAUAAAAAUAUACAGUCAUGAAAGAUAAGAUAGGCACUGCAGUUUUUCCAGCACUCUGGCAGACUUUUGUUCCAUCUAGCCACACUCCCUAAUUCUGAAGACAGCAGUACUCUCUCUGUUCAAUGCACACAUCAGUGCUGAUAAAUAAUUCAAACUGUCCUCCCAAGUGAUAUCAGAUGAAUCCUGUCCUAGGAGGUGCCCCCUUAUGUACCAUGUGUUUCCAGCUCCAUAGUACCUCCCCAGUCUCAGCCCCCACCUGCUAAUGGAUCGGUAGUUACUUUUGCACCAGAGGCACAAGGGACAUGGAAUGGAAUUCUACCACCAUCUGUUCCUGAUCAUUCAGAUGCUGUUGAAGUCUUAGCCAUUUCUGGAUUUAAAUGAUUUUAGCCUUCUUAUCAGUUGUGUGACAAUUCACAUGAUCCCUUUACAACUCCUGAUACUAGUAGCCCCACAGGGCUUGUCAUCGGUAUUAUGGAUAUCUGUUGGUACAUCAGCAUAUGUGAGGCACAUAGAAGGCUCCUGUGCUUUAUUGUGGAUGGCUGGCAUUUCGGCGCAAGGUACUUCUGUUCCCAGGGUAUUUACCAGUGUUAUUUGUGAUAGGUGAGACAUGAUUCUCUAGUCAUGGUGUUAACCUGUUCUUUGCCUUGCUUGUAUCCACUUGUGUUACCAUCAGAUGGGAAAGGUUGUCAUUACAUCCAGUGCAUCUCAGAACAGUUACAGAAGUGAUUUCAGACACAGUGCAGAACUCCACCUUCAUCCUUUUGCAGGGAACACAACAGCUUGGGUGUCUGGUCUCCUUAGGUUUAGGUUCCUUGUGGACUAUUUUAACCUAGCCAAUUCCCCUCAAAGCUGAGAACCGAAACCUAUACCUUGUAGACAAUUAUGCCAGCCCCCACCCCUAGAGAAAGCUAGGCCACAACAGGAUUUGAACGUAUGCCUUUCUCAGUGAUAUUCCUAUACUGGUGUAUUAGCAAGGAGAGCCACAUAAGUGUCUUGUCUUGGAGAUGUGUUCAAGUCUGCCUUCUAGUUCACAUUUGUGAGCCUAUGACAUCAGUGUCACAUUUCCACUGAGAUACUUUCAUAUGUAUCAGUGGAUUCAUUCCUUGUCUACAAACCAAGACACUUUUCAGUGGAUCUGUAGAUUUCAGCCCAAAAAGGGAGAUGGGUUUUCUUGUUCUUGUUUAUCUGGUGCAGUUGCUGACUACAUUUGCUUCACUGGAGUGGUAUGGAACUUAGUACAAUCUGAAUUGCCAAUUUCUAUUUGUUUCUUCUGAAGAAAUAUGUCCAAAUUAGUCUGCAAUCAGAGGGUUAUGCUUUUAAUGCUGCAGGCUGUGAAAGUACUGCUGAAAAUGAGCCAUUUCUUGUAGGAUUAGACAAUUAUAUGGUAAUAUAAUACCUGAAACACUGGACGGUGGACUCGUUCUUUUUCUGGUUGCAGAGAAACUAUCCUUGUCUGGAAGUUUGCCACCCACCAGUGCAGUUUUUAAUGGUGAUCCAUAUCUCAGGAAAACUGAAUGUCCUGGUGGACACCUUCAGUUUUGGAAUGGGACACCAACUGGUGCUCUGACUUCAUCAGGUCAAUGUUCAGAUCAUAUUGCAGAAGUGGGCAUUCCACAUCUCACCCUACAUUUGCCAGUUGAAGGUAGUGCUGCUCAGUUCUGCUGACUAACUGACUUCAACAGGACAAAUACAGUGGUUAAUAGUGACAUAACUCAUGGAAUGGGGACAGGUUACAUUACCUAUUAACCCUUGUCCCUCACCUUCUACUGAAGUUACAUGAAGGAAGGUCAAAGCUUAUGUAUAUCACAGUGUGGUGGUCCAGGAAAGUUUAGUUAUGUCUGUUGAACCUUGGUGUCUCUAGAGAUAAUUCUGCUCAAAGCACUGAAGAUUUUAUAGCUAUGGCAGGAUGAGCACUUCUACUUAAAAAAGUAUAAACACUGUUUGGCCAGCAGAACUUACCAUAUAAAAUUUAGAACUUUUGGAGAUUGCCACAGUCUAUAAAGCAAGUGAAAAGGUCCCUUUGUCCUCAUUCUGUACCUUCCCAUUUUGUCUAGUCUGUUUCAAACAUUUUAUAGGUCUCAGUUACUCAACAAAAUACAGAAAUUGGCUAUCACACGAUAUCAUGAUUUGGUUAGAGGCAAGAUUUUGACCUAACAUAGAAUGGUGAAUUGCUUCUAAGGACAUUCACUUGAUUCUGGAUUCCAGUGAAGUAACAGUCUCUUCAUGAUCUACAUGGUGUCAUUUCCAUCUUUGAAAUGAGCUAGUUCAGCAUACCUAAAGUCUCUGUCAUGGAAAUGUUUACCUUGAUUUCUCUUGGUAGCUAUUAUUUUAACCUGAGAAAUCGCUUAGCUAUGUGCUGUCUUUCACCAAAUAAUUUCUCCUUUUCUCCCAAAGGAAGUUUUUGAGAUGUCAUUCAACCAGUCCAUUCAUCUCCUCUUUUAAUUUGUGUGUGGGGAAAACAGGGUUAAUAUAUCCUAUAUAUGCAGGAUGUUGUCUUUUUGGUUACAAUUUGAUCCCAUUCAUAAGAACAGACAUAACAGCUGUUCAUUUCCUUUGUACUUAAUCAGGAGGGUUUUGUAGUUAGGAAACCUAUUCAAUCCCAGUGUUUACCGGCAAAUUUUCCUUUAUCACUAGAAGGUUAAAGGUCCCUUAGUGCAUGCUAACAUGACAUUCUUUUGGGGGGGUUGUUGUGUCUUAUCAAUGUUCUAGAAUAUCUGCACAGUACUGUUCCAUGAUUAUCAAUAUGACCAAAAUGUCAUUGAAAACCACACAGGCAUCAUUUUAAGAAAUACAUUUUUGGGUCAAGCACUGCUGUCUCCCUGACAUCCCCAUACAAGAAAUUGUCCCCCUGUAGCAACCUCAAAAAAUUAAAUAUUAUCAACUUGCAGAUCACUGUAGAUCAGAAGUGAAAUUGCUGACUGCAGCAACCUCUCUGCUCUGCUGGAAGACAUUUGUAACUUGCAGAAAUAGCAUUUGCCAAUGUAUCAGGCUCAAUGAAUUCAUCUCCGCUGGAUCCCUCUUUGAUGAAUAAUAACGUUACGUCUUGACAAAUAGUCUUGCAGUAACUAUCUUGUCAAGCUUUGUAGCUUCACAUCCAAUUUGGAUGCAAAGUAUCCUCUGGGUGAACUGGCCUUCAUAGACAUCUGUCCAGAAGCUCUCUUUUUGUUUCUUUUGCCUUUUUUGGGGCUCCUUUUGACCCAUUUUUGGGACACUGCUUGGGAUUCGAGAAAAGUAUUCCACCCUGUGCAGACAGGCCUCUGAAAUGAGAUAUAACAGAUAUGUAAGUAUGUAGUAUUAUGUUAGUUUAUUUUCAAGAGGAUCCUGCAUAGUGGUUGCAUUAUUCCUGCCCAUUGUUUCUCUUCCAUGGGACACACUGGUAGCAGAACCUCAUUUAAAUAAAAUUCAGGUUUAUAGUUUUAUAAUUUCAUUAGAUAGUAUGCAACUUUCUAUUCUCUGAGGUGUUGAGAACUGGAAAUCCUGAGGUCAGGAAUAUGCUCUAACUAUAGCACAAUAAUGCUAUGAAUGGGCCAGAUGGAACACAGUCAUUUCAAGCACGGGAGUUCACAAUUUUAAGAAAAGCCAUAAGAAAGCACACAAGAAAGUUGCAACUACAUGUUACACUCACUGUGGAGGACCUUUUGGAUUGACAUAAUGAGCCCUUGGAUGUCUUCUAUUUUUUUUCUAGGAUUUUAUUUUAUGUCUCUCUCUCUUUAAACAGUAUGACCUUUAUCACCAAAAUAUUCCUGCUGGAAAUGCUGUCUGUCUACACCUAUAUACCUGCAAAGGUGUCACUCCAACAUUAUGUGUAUAUAUUUAGUAAAGCUCCUUCUGCUUCAUUCUGGAAGGUUGUUUUUAUUUUUGAUUGCUGUGCAAGUAUUAAGUAAUAAGGUUAAGACAUGAACUGUUUUGCAACUAAUUAUCAUAGUACUAUUUGCCUGAUGAUAGCUUCCUUUUGUUUAUGCCACAAAACCACAAGUAAACCUGACAAGAUUUUUAUUUCCCGAUAACUUUAAAAAAGUAAUUCAGAAAUCAGAGCAGGCACUUCCACAUUUCAAAUCUGAGUCUAAUGAUUUAAAGAAUGACACACGACAAAACUGAUGUAACUUUUUCUGUGAUAUGAUUUACUAGCCAAGACAAUCUGGAAAUGCACACUUGCAUGGCAUCUUUUGAGGCCAUAGGCUCAAAAUGAACAUUACAGUAUUGUAUCCUUGUACGGCUGUGAGACUUGUAAAAUGUGUUACUGCUUUAGCAAUGGAUAGCAUCCAGUACUUUCUUGAAUACUGAGCUGAUGUGCCCUACCUAAGUUAUAUUUAAUUAGAUGACCAAUUUUCUCAUGGAACAGACAAUGUAAAACGAAUGCCAGUGUUGCAGUUUUGACAGCUUGUAGGUGCACUUCAUUCCAGCUUUGAGUAUGUCAUCUGCAUAUGACAUCCCUUUCCCAUCUUCCCUUGCUGUUGACUUCAGAAAUAAUCUCUGGGUUAUACACUUAAAAUUGCCUGUUUUCAUUUGCAGUUAUUCAAAACUAUGUGCAGCACUUGGCAAUUAUUUAUCCAUUAAAGUUCUGUUGUAAAGAGUUUUGUUGAAAACAGUUACUUUACAGUUGUAGUUGGACUAGUCCUUCAUAUGAAUUCUGACAAUAUGACUUGCUUAAAGGAUUCUUUUUUUUUCUUUAACAUUCUUUGCUUGCAUAUAAGGUAACUCUCAGUUAUAUCAAAGAGAUGAUUACAACUGCAGUGUAUUUGCCUUUUUUUGUUCCUUUGAGCAAUGGUGAUGUCAUAGUUUUAGACCUAAGGUCUGUUAUUGCAAUACUUUACAGAAAUAUGUUGCUCUAAGUGCUGUUAGACAUAAACACAGAUUUUAUGCUUGUUCUUAAUACGCUGUGGUCAAACUGCAGCUAAAAAAUUAGUAAAGACUAAAAAAAAAAAUAAA